AAUAAAUAGUAAAUACACAGAAUAAAUUAUUCAUCAUCAUAAUUAUUUAUCUAUAAUCUAACCAGUAACCAUCAUCAUUCAUCCCUUAGAUUCAUCCGCUACCUUAAACCAUAUACGACAUAUUAUAUUGUGAUCUAAGUCCUAAAGUCCGCUGCGCACAAUUGACAAGUGCCAAGACCGUAGACUUAACUUAUUCUUUAUGGGUCUAUGGCCAAGGCCCGUAAGUUGAUCUUCGAUUGGAAUUCGAACUGGACAUUUUUUUCCAACUUUUUUCAACAAAUUCCUUCCUGUGUCCGCCGCCAUGUCAACGUCGGACAACCAGAACGAGACCCAGUCCAGACUCUAUUUCCUCAACGAACAGUUACAGAAAAUGGUCCAUGAGUUACCCAGAAAGUACCAGCAGCGCAUACCUAACGAACUUUUGUGCGAACUCACUGAAUGUCUGUUGGACAAAACGCUGUAUUCAAUCGUCAAGGAACUGACUGAUAUUCAGCACGUAACAGAGAAACAAAUGUUUCAAAAACGGUUAGAAAUGAUCAAUAAACAUUCCGUUGUCAUACAAAAAUUACUGAAGUCGGAUAUGGUUCAGCCGGGCAAGACUGAGAUGAGGCUGAAACUUCAAGCAGAGCACAGAAAAAACUUGAGAGAAUUCGAUAAGAGGAUAGUGACCGAACUUGACGAAAAGCGACGAGAGCAACAGAAUACAUUGCACAUGGCUGGUGUACCAGGAUUUGAUGUCACAGACGAUGCUGGUCGUAUUCAAGUACAGAUACGUUUAUGUGAUUUCAUCAUAAGAUUGAGCCUAAUUGAUAAAAAACCUGAUGAAGCUUAAAGAAUAAAAACAAUAUUGUACAGGAAAAAAUGUAAUUUAACUAAAAAGAAAAAAUAUUGUCCAAAAUUAUUGAUUUAUCCCACUUAAUAUGUUAAGUCCAAAUUGUAAUAAAUUAACAAUUGAGUAAAAAAAAAAAAAUAAUAAUAAUAAUAAUAAAAAAUGAAUAAAGAAAUAAGUAAAAAUAUAGUACUUCAAAUAAUUGAUAGACAAAAUAAUUGUUUUUCAUGUAUACAAUACAUGUGUGCAAGUGUAAUAAGUUCUGCAAUAAAAGAAUAAAACUGAG